UCUCCUUCCUCCUCGCCAGUCCGUUAGACCAAAAUACCCCUCCCUCCUCUCCUCCUCCAUCUUCCUUAACCCUCCCUCAUCACUGCUUCACCAAACCAAACGCCUUAUAUCACACUCUCCGACAUGGCCAAGUCCGCCUCCACGGCGUCCUUUCCGGCCAUCAAGCCAGAACACUACGCCCACAGUCCCGUUCACUACGCCGUCGUUUUUGCCGACCACACCACUCUCUCCCGCAUUAUCUCUUCCCUCCCUCGACUCGCCGAUCCGGCGCACGUCCGUACAGAGUCCGACUCCCUCGCUCAGGAGCAAGUAGCCGACAAGAUCUCUUCCGUUCUCGACCGUCGUGAUGUUCCCUACAGAGAGACCCCUCUCCACCUCGCUGUCCGUCUCAACGACGCCUUUGCCGCUCGCGCUCUGGCCACCGCCGGGGCCGACGUCUCCUUGCAGAAUUCGGCUGGCUGGAAUGCCUUGCAGGAGGCGCUUUGUCGCCGGAACUCCGACAUUGCUCUCAUCCUUCUCCGCCUUCACCACCGUUCCGCUUGGGCCAAGUGGCGGCGGCGGCUGCCUCGUUUGAUUGCUGUGCUUCGCCGCAUGAGGGAUUUCUAUAUGGAGAUUUCAUUUCACUUCGAGAGCUCUGUGAUUCCGUUUGUAGGUAAGAUUGCUCCGUCUGAUACUUACAAAAUCUGGAAGCGUGACGGUAAUUUACGCGCGGAUACAUCUUUGGCGGGCUUCGAUGGUUUGAAGAUUCAGCGUGCUGAUCAGAGCUUCCUCUUCCUUGGUGAUGGUGAUCAUGCGCACGAUGUUCCCUGCGGUUCCUUGCUUGUUAUUAACCGGGACGAGCGCAAAAUCUUCGAUGCUUUCGAGAAUGCAGGGGCUCCGAUGAGUGAUUCCGACGCCAUCGGAUUCUGUUCUCAGACCAGCGUUUACCGACCCGGCAUGGAUGUCACGAGGGCUGAAUUAGUUGGUAGAACAAAUUGGAGAAGACAAGAAAAAACGGAAAGCGUGGGUGAAUGGAAAGCCAGAGUGUACGAAGUCCACAACGUUAUUUUCAGUUUCCGGUCGCGAAAGGUGGCCACUGGAGAUUCUGACGUGGCCGGGAGCGAGCAAGUUCUUCCAUUAGAGCUAGAUGAAGACGAAGACGGAUUUCUCGUGGCGGAGAAUCCGAGUUUUGGUUUGCCGAUGCCUGACAGGAGAAGACACAGUAGCUUCGUUCGAGAAGAGAGGGAGUGGGUCCCAUUGGGGAGGAAAAGUGUGGACCUACCAUCUAUGGCUGCCCCACCGCCGCGGAGGUCUGCCGCAAACGUUACAGUGGCGACACCACAAACUAAGGAAAAGGAGUAUGUGAGAAGUUUACGACCAUCAGUUUGGUUAACGGAUCAGUUUCCGUUGAAGACUGAGGAGCUCUUGCCGUUACUCGACAUUUUAGCCAACAAAGUCAAAGCGGUUAGGAGGAUGAGGGAGCUGCUCACCACCAAGUUUCCGCCAGGGACAUUUCCGGUGAAGCUGGCCAUCCCCGUGGUCCCUACAGUGAGAGUUGUAAUUACAUUCACCAAGUUCGUUGAGCUUCAGCCUGUGGAGCAAUUUUUCACCCCUUUCUCUAGUCCCAGACAUUUGCUCAAUGCCGGGAGAGAUGAACAUCAUAAACCAGAAACCUCCAGCAGCUCUUCCUUCAUGUCAUCGUCUUCAACUUCUUCUUCCUCAUCUGUCGCAUCCACAUGGCUUAGACGAAAUAAUAGCCAGAAUAAACAACAAAGAAGCACUUCGGUGGCAUUGGACUCAGACCCUUUUGCUAUUCCUGCUGGAUAUACAUGGACCAGUGUGGAUGACAAAUCACGGAAAAUGAAGAAAUCUAAGUCUGUGAGGAAGUCGAAGUAGAGGUUGAAACAUAACAAAAGGGAAUCUGACUUGGAAGGAACGGUUAAGAGAGACAGAUGGUAUAUUUUGGGUACGUGAUUUUCACAAGUGUUGCCCCUCAACAAUGUAGAUAUAUCCCAUCUAAUUUCUUUAAUCAUCUGAAUGGUAGAAGAAUGAUGUUGAUAGGAGAGAGAUUUGGAAGCAAAUGAAGUUAGUGUACCCAUCCGUUCUUUACAUUUCAUUGUUCAUACAGUUCUUUUAAUUUUAUCUCUACAGAAAAUAUCUCGUUUAGAUUUUAUCUUGUUCAUCAUUUCUGGAUUUGGAGCUGAAGAAAGAGGAAUGAACCUGAUGAAUGCUACUUUAUGGCAAGCUUCAAUUUUUGCCACUGAUUAGGGCCAGGAGUCAAGUUUUUUUGUGGCGAUUUUUGUUUUCUGACAAUUUAGUGAUUAAACUGUUGAUAGACGGUGCUUCAGAUGGAUUAAAGGCAUUGAGAGUCAUUUAGCUGUAAGAGUGAUGCUUAAGUUCAAUUAAA